CCUAUUGAGGGGAUUGUUUGACUGGGCCGCAGCAGCAAUGGCCUUGGACUUUGGUGACCACGCCAGUGGGUUCCGACAUAACGAUGUGAUCAGGUUCAUCAACAAUGAAGUCCUCAUGAAUGGUGGCGGCCCCGAAUUCUACAUAGCCUUCCGCUCAAGGCCCUGGAGUGAGGUGGAAGAUCGGCUUCAGACCGUCGUGUCGGACCCACAGGUUCCCCGUACCAUCAAGAGGGCCUGUGCCUGGAGUGCGCUAGCCUUGAGUGUGCGUAUAGUUGCGAGACAGCAGGAACAGCAGGCUUACCGGGUUCGACGGCUACAGGAGCAGGUGGAGGAGUGGGAGGCAGCUACUUGGGCUCUUGUCGCGGAACUGCAGCAGACACGUGAUGAACGUGAGGAGAUGGCUGCUCAACUGUGCUUCACACAGGCCGCCCUGCAGCAGGCUCUGAAUGAGUGUGAUGUGCUGCGUGGGAGGCUGCUCCAGGCUGAGAGGUUGGCCCAGGCCACCUCACUGGCCCAUACAGUGCCUGGUUCUCAACCUGAACAGCAUGGGUCUGUAGUAUGGCCCCCGAAUUUUGAUCAGCCAAGAGACACAGUAGCCAUGGGAGGUCCUGGCAGGUUGUAUUUUGAGGCCCAAGUGCCAGCCCCAACAGCUGUUCUUCAUGUUCCAGGACCUUCAGGUCCCUGGGCCCAAGCAGUGCAACCCCCUCAGCCAAUGCCAGUGCUGUUUCCAUUCCCUCCACCAUUCCUAGUGGGAGUUCCAUGCCUGCAAGCUAUUCCAACAGCAGUAGUCAUGGAAACAGAAGCAGUGGUAGUCCCUUCGGGGACUUACCCACUUGUUCCAUGGACUACAGCAGGCUUGCAGGGAAUGAUCCCACUGUGGGACCUGGACAAUAACAUCCAGGAGGGAGGUCCUGAGAUCCUCCAGGGGUCAGCCCCCUUAGGAGACAGCAUAAGUCACAAUCACCAAGAAGAUCAAGAGGGGUCCCAGGGACUUUCCUUCCUCAGGGACAGUGGGUGCCACAACCAAGAAAGUGAUCUAAAGAGGCCCCAGGGUACAGCUGCCCUAGGGAUCAGUGGGAGCUGUAAUCAAGAGAAAGGUCCAGAAAGACCCCAGGGGAUGGCUCCCAUUGGGAACAGAGAGAGCCAAAGCCUGGAAGAAGAUCUAGAGAGACCCCAUGAGACUGUCUCCUUGGGGGACAGUUGGAGCCAAAGCCAGGAGGAAACUCUGGAGAAGCCUCCUGAGACUGGCCCCUAGGGGGAAAGCAAGAUCCAUGGACUGGAAAAAGUUGCAGAGAGGGCUCAGAGAAUGGCUCCCUGGGGGUUUAGCAGGAGCCAAAGCCAGGAGGAAAAUGCAGAGAAGGCCCAGAGGAUCCCCCCCCCAAGGUUUAGCAGGAGCCAAAACCAGGAAAAAGGUGCAGAGACGGCUCAGAGGAUCAUCCCCUGGGGGUUUAAUAGGAGCCAACGCCAGGAGGAAAAUGCAGAGAAGGCCCAGAGGAUGGCUCCCCCAAGGUUUAGCAGGAGCCACAACCAGGAAGAAGGUGUGGAGAAGGCCCAGAGAAUGGCACCCUGGGAAUUUAGCAGGAGCCAAAGCCAGGAGGAAAAUGCAAAGGAGACCCAGGGGAUGGCUCCCCCAAGGUUUAGCAGGAGCCACAACCAGGAAGGUGCGGAGAAGGCCCAGAGGAUGGUCCCCUGGGGGGUUAGCAGGAGUCAAAGCCAGGAAGCAGAUUCAGAAAUGCCCCAGGCAACCUUCCUGGAGUACAACAAGAACCAUGACAUGAGAGAAAAUUCAAAGAAACAUCAACCUCAGGGGCAGAAGGCGAAGCAACCAAAAGGAAGAAGAACCUGGGAAUCUCAGCAACAGGAAAGGCCUGUCCCAGGACGUCGUUUCCUGGAUUGGGACUGCUCACGGUGUAGAGCAUGGAAUUACUCAUGGCGCACAGCCUGCUACAAAUGUAAGAAAGUGCGCAUGCCAAUUGAGCAUGGAGACUUUGACCCAGGACAAACUCACUGAUUUCAGGAAGAUGAGGUCCUGCUUUUGUGUCCCAGCCCCCUUGACCUUAUUUGUUGUUAAAGAAACCGAACCUGUCCCAUUAGAAGAUCUCCCAACAACGGAAAGAAAUAACAUCUGAUGGAUCCACACCUCUGUGAGACCCCCCCGCUGGCUGGAGCUGAGAAGAGUGAGAGGAAGUCGAGAAAGAAGAAAUGGAUUAACACUCAUCAG